GACGACGACGGCGACGACGACGACGACGACGACGACGACGACGACGACGACGACGACGACGAUGACGACGGUAAAUUUGCUCUAGACGGUCGCCGGUGAUCCUGCGCAGUCUGAUUCGUUUCAAUCACCAUUACUAUCCUAGUAUAAUAUUCGAAUAAGUUCACCGCAGAAUAGACGGCAUCGGCGUCAUACGCGACAGGAAAAACGGUGACAGCGCGCUAAAUAGCCGAACCAAUCGAAAAGCUCCUAAGCAGAAGGCUAAAAUCCACUUAAGACGAGUAGACGACCACGACGACGACAAGCGUAGCAAUAGCAUUAAUUAACACAGAAGUACCAGUACUAGAAAAGCAACUAAACUGCCGAAAGCCCCGACGUAGAGAGGGUCAGAUAGUUUGCUUCAGAAGUCGCCUCCGGCGCAGACACGAUUGGCGCUCACUCAUACGAUCGACUGAUGGUUCCUGCUACUUCAAAGUCCUCUGUUAGCAACACAGAGUGCGUGAGUGCAGAUCAGAGCGUUGACAGUUUGGCAGCAUUCUGUAGCAGAUCUAGUGAAUGGAGAGCUUGCCUGAAGCAAGGAUCAAAUUGUUUGCUGGCGUUGUUAUUGAAAUAAGUAGCCGUUCGUGGAGUCCUCGGUCUGCCCCUUGCCAUUUUGCUGCUGUUGCUGGCCGUUUGCCAGUAGUGUGCUUUCGCGCGCGACCAGUCUGAGUGGGUGCCGCUGCUGUGUGUGUACCGACCCGCUCUCCUCGCCUCGCCGCGCCGCGCCGCGCCGUGUUGUGACUCGUCGGCUCCCGCAGGCCGUUUCGCUGGCUAUUGAAAACACAGCAAGUCGUUGUUGUAGCCGACGGCUUCACUAGUACAAGUAGUUUUGGUAGUGGUGCCGGUGCUCGUAAUAACCAUCAUACUGGGAAGACACGAGAGGACGACGUCAUCGUCUUCGUCCUCGUGAGGAGGAAGGGUCCUGCUGUCUUGCGUGCCGACAGCAGCAGCACUCACCAGUUUACACCCAGGCAGACAACAAGCAGCAGCCGGUCCUGGCUUGUUCUGUUGCUACUUGGCUUGUCUAACGUCGGCCAAUCAGUCAGGCGGGCUUUCGACGAGUUGGGGAAGCUAGCUAGAGCUAGAGUCGAGUAGAGUCAGCAGCCCUGCACUUGUUACUGUAUGCUGGAGCUGUCCGUCGUUGCUGGUAGCCAUUGCCUCUUCGACUAGUGCCACUGUUCCUGCCACUGUUGAUUCCAGCAUUGACAGCAGCAGCAGCAGUACAGGAACGCGCGCUUCUGCGCAUUCAGGAGACAUUUCUGCCGCUGUUGGUACCAUCGCCGCCGCAGCUGACGGGAUGUUGGUGCAGUUACGACUCGAAAUCGUCGAGCUGAAAGAGUUCGACUAGUUAGGAUUGCAGCGGACGCGGACACAUGUUGCUAUUGACGUCAGCCGGAUGUGUGAGUGCGGGCGUGUCUUGCUAAUUGUUGUACGGUUGAAAACAUCUAGCUCAACGACGACGACGACCCCCUUGCUGCUGUUGCUCCUGUUACAACUAUAUACUGCUAUAUGCUACAAGCAACUGGAUGAGGGAAACUGCAAGUUAGAUGAGGAGUUAAAGGGUGGGAAGCGUCAAAACAUCAGACCAGACGGUUGCCAGUUGAGCGAACCAUCAUUAACGCGCGGGAGAAGGCCCAUCAUUUGUCGUUGCAUAUUAUAGCAGCAUAGAAGAAAGUUCAUAGUGAGUGACAAUUGGCUAGGCAAUAUCCCCUUCGACGUGUUACGGAUUACAUUGUUUAAUUGUAAAUUGUUAUUGUUGCAGUUGUUACCGAAGCUUCCAUCAUCUCAUCGAUCGUUGCUUGUUAUCCUUGUGUUUCUGCUGCUUAGGCUUCGUCAUAUGUUAUAUAAUAAUGAAAUGACAAUGAACAAAAAGUCGUCAACUCUGCUGACCAGUGCUUUGGCUCGUUUUUUCGUUUAGUUGGAUCGCUUGCCUAUAAUUGUUAUACGGUCGCGACUGCACUUAGGGUGGAUUUCCAGUUAGAUUGAAUGGAUUGUUUGGAGGUGCCGCACAAGUGCGUAACAUGAAAAGUGCAGAAAACGUACAGGGAGCAAAGUAACGCACAGUGGGCCGUCUCGAUUUUGCUUAAGCCGUUCGAGCAUCACCGCCGCUUUGUGUCAGCAAGUGUACAGUGAGGAUUCUAGACGGAGAACAGCGCAUAACGGAAAAAUCUGCGCAAACAAGAGCAACCCCAGUGACACCUCAGUGUACCGCAGGUACAGCAUGGACACCUCUGCUACAUUUAGGACAAUAGUCAGCUGAUAGCGCCUAAACAUGCUGACAACGCAGGUGGCGCAAGUGCCCUCCCAGGUGGGGCAAACUGGGGCCCUCUUCAAUCCUACAAACCCCCAAACCACUGACGAGGAGAAAUCGGUGUGCAUGUUGCCGAAAAAGCGGAAAUUCCCAUCGCCAGUGGGAGCCGCUGGCGAGUCGGGAGGUUUGGGUGUACCCCAAUCGGGAAUUGACCUUCUAGCAGCAGAUCAUGGCGGAUCACCGUCAGCGCUCCAUCCUCCCAUGGGUCUAGCAACGUCACCCCUGCCUUCGGCAUUAAGUGUGCCGGGAAUGGGAGGCAGCAGCGUGGGCCUUGAAAUGGAAGGACUGUCGGACGCUGCCGAGGUGAACCUGGCCGACUGGCGAGGGCACCGGGUUCUUGUCAAAAAAGACGAUUCAAGAAGAUACUUCCCUGCUACCAUCAAGGAAGUCACCAAUACGCCCUCCGAUCUCAUUGUACAGUUGGAUAGUGAGGAGCGGCGUGAUAUGGUCGUCUGCAACGUGUUCUCAGCGGCCGCGUGUCCUGUAUUAUCUGACCACUCGCCAUCACCCAUUCAUCUUGGUGCCAUCGGUACGCCGGUCUGUGUACGCCUGGCACCUGAUCAGCCUUUCUAUGUUGAGGGCGUGCUACAAGCGGUGCGAGCAAAGCCUACGCAAUAUGCUGUACGGGUCGACACAGACCUCAUCCAAAUUUACGGCCAGGGCUUACAGCCAGGGAGUGUGACUACGACGGACGAGGGUGGCGGAUGCUUCUGCAUCGUGUGGGUUUCACGAGCCGUCCUACGACUUCGGCAGCCCCCCUGGUGGGAGGAUAGCGCCGCGCCCGCGCCCGUUUCAGUGAUCAUUUCGCCGACGCCGAAAACACCUGACCCGCUUACCCCAUGCACCCCGCGGACGCCGUUGACGCCGCAGGCGAUGCACCAGCUAGUUGGUGGCGGGGGCAGAUCGACCCCCCGUUCGGGUUCACACAGUCCGGCCGGACUACUCGAUGAUAGCACACCGCCCGUUCGAUCGCCGAAAGUAGCAAUGCUUCAGCAUCAACCCCAUGGUGGGGGGGGGCCAGUGAUACCUCCGUGGUUCCAAACAAGCCAGACGUUGUGUAUGGGCACCCAAUCUCCACCGCCAAGUGCUCGAAGUGGUCAUACUUCAUCCGACGGGGGUUCACCAAUGAACACUACCCCAGGGGCAAUAGCAGGUUCGGGAGAGAGUGACGACAUGGUGGCCGUAGAUCUCAGUAAACCGACAACGACGGCCAACAGCAGCAUCCCAUCAGGAGGCGCCGGCUCUGCACUCAUAUCUGUGCCCAGUCCUUUGUUAACACCCGGCGGGAUGACCCCGAGCUCAGGGGUCGCCGGUCCUCCUGGACCCCUUGCGGGUUCCUCGCCAAAUCAUAAUAACAACAACAGUCUCCUGUAUAAACUGCCGCCUCAAGGCAGUCUUCUUCAGCAGCCGCCGCCGCCGCCACCGUCAGCGGCAUCCUUCCCAAUGGCCGCGCAGAGCCUUCUUCCGUCUACGCAGCCAGAGGAACACAAGUUCAAGAAGGGCGAUAUUGUGUCUACUCCAAACGGCAUCCGUAAGAAGUUUAACGGAAAGCAAUGGAGGCGCUUGUGCAGCCGCGACGGCUGUACAAAAGAAUCUCAACGUAGAGGAUACUGCUCAAGGCAUCUCUCACUCAAGGGUAAAACUGGCGAAUCGCAUCAAUCAUUUAGCGGAGAUAGCGGGGGACUUAACGAUGACCAGGGUGACACUGGGUCCAUGUUCGAUGCUCAUGGAGUGAGGCCACAACAUCAUUCUUCAAGUUCAACUGGUGGAAGUCCAUAUCAGCUGGUCGCGUCAGUUAGCUCGAAUCCUAAUGAAACCAACAACAACAACAACAAUCACAUUCCCGUCUACCCGUGGACGGCUCUCGUGCCCUUCCUUGCGGGAACAGGUGGUUCCGGUAUGAACCUGGCACGGAAUUAUUCGGCUACUUACGAUACUCAGAUGGAAGAAGGAAGCGAAAUUGACCAAGAGGAUUUGGACGAGGUAUUCGUUAGUGACGCACCGUCCACCGCCGAAGACACAAAGGCCGGCAAUCCACCUACGAUAGCUCUGGCGGCCCCGCCAAGUGGAGCUCGAAAGAAAAGUGGCAGCACUUCAUCAAAGGACGGCCGUGAGUCGUCCAGUGGCCCUGGCGCCGGCGGUGGACCAGGUGUCGGCGGCAGUCAUAUCCGACGACCAAUGAAUGCAUUUAUGAUCUUCAGCAAGCGACAUCGUGCGCUCGUGCAUCAGCGACACCCAAACCAGGACAAUCGUACGGUGUCGAAAAUCCUCGGCGAAUGGUGGUACGCACUGCGGCCACUAGAGAAGCAGCAGUACCACGAAAUGGCUUUCAAAGUUAAGGAAGAACACUUCAAAAAACAUCCCGAAUGGAAGUGGUGCAGCAGAGAACGAAAGCGCAGCGAGAACGCGGCUGGCGUCGGUGGAAUUGGACGUCAGGAUGGCGAAGAAGCGAGUGACGGCGAGGAAAACGCGGGCGGAAGUGUACCCACCACGUUGCAAAGUGGCGGCGUCAGCGGCGGCGUCGGGGUCUCAUCAACAGCGUCGUGCGGCAACCUUCUCAACGUACACGGAGCCUCCCAUACGAUCACGUCGCCAUCAACGUCUAUCUCCAGUCCGUUGCCAUUGUCUCCACUGACCUAUCGGGAGCCACCGCAAUCGGCACCGCCGUUCGAAGUAUCACUCAUGGAGGAACGAGUUCAGGCACUCUCUGUCCGGACGCCUCUUUCGCCCUCCGUCGCGAGCAUGGGACCACGGACGGCUUCCGGAACAGUAGCCGGACUCGAACCUCCCUCAGUGAUUGUCACGACACCAUUCGUACUCGCACCAACGCCAGCCCAACUGGGUUUGGCGCCUGGCCAAAAGAAGCAGAUGACUCACCAUCCCGGACAGCAUCACGCUGGGACGCUCCAAGGCCACCAGACGGCUGCUACUGCUCAUCAAGGUCACGUCGGCAUAGGUCAAACGACGCCGUUGCCGGGCACCAGGAACGAUGGCACACCAUCCGCUUUCCAGAUGCCGCCCAAAAAGCAUGACUUGGUGGCUCCUCUGAGCGCCCCAGUAUUGGUGAACGGGAAUUCCCAUGGACACUCAACGUCAGCCACAACCGGUUCUACGCAUUUACAGACCCAGAGUGCAGGACCACCAAAUAUUGGAGCAGGAGCUAAUGGAGUUAGUCAGGGCAGCGAACCUAGCACAAGCGGGUGUUCCAGUGCAACCCAGACACCUAAACUAGAGGGGAAUACAUUCUUCGGGCCAUCUUUCAGUGUGCAGGAGGCUGCCGCAGCAGCGUCGAGCGGUUCUGCAGGAGACGCGUGCGAUACUAGCGGAGGCGAUUCACCCGGAAUUACACCGAUGACCCCGAAAACACCAGAGAAUCCUUCAUCGUUACGCAGAGUUCUCGAACAGCGUAGACAACUUGUCAUGCAGCUCUUCGCCGAGGAAGGAUGGUUCCCAUCAGCUCAAGCGACUGCCGCUUUCCAGCAAAAACACAAAGAUGUUUUCCCAAAUAAGCAGACACUGCAAUUAAAAAUCCGCGAAGUUCGACAAAAGCAAAUGGCAAGCUCGCCUCAUCCGUCACAACAGCCACAACAGCCCUCCGGGGGUGGUGGAGCAGGCUCCACUGUAAAUUCUACCGGGGGAUCAACUUCGACGCGGAGCGUGUCGAGUUCUAGCAGCGGAAGCAGUAACAGUUCGAACUGUUUACAACAGCAACAGGCUGCACUUUUAACAUCUGGGGCACCUGCAGGCAUCGGGCCUGGAGACAUCGGACAACACGCGUCUGUGACCAGCUCUUGUCCUGGACAACAACAACAACCUCCUGUCGUAAGCAUUGACGGGCAUGAUUAGAAGAGAAAGGAAAAUGAAAACGAUUGACGUUUCUUCUCUAUUGAUACAGUUCAUCAAAAUAUGGCCGUCUCUAGCAUGCAAAACACAUGUUCAUACUCCAAGAGCAAGCCGCUUGCAGAAGAAAUCACCUCGCAGAGAACACUAUUCGUGCGUAGCUGAAAAGAUAGCUAUCGUCUUCUUCAUAGAUCUUGUCCGUUAGUGCCACUCGUGUAGGCUUUUUUGCGAAACGGAAUGAUUUAAAAGAUCGAGAGCUGCUCGAAACAGGCCCCCUUCAUGUGAUGAUGAAGAUGCAGAUACAGUCAGUCAGACAAAGGUUAAAAGAAAGCACUUCGUUACGCUAAUGUCACCCCAUUCAGUAAGUUAAUAAAAAAAUCGAUAGGACAUAAUCGAGUGAAAGAUAACGACUCGAAUAGAAAAGCAGCAACAAUACUAGUAGGAAAAACGGUAGUUGUAAUAAAAUUGUUCGCAUAUUGUGGAGCUACCUGGUGAUGGGCACGAGAAAAAAAUGAGAAUCAAUAAACGUUGAUAUUUGCUAGAAGUGCUCGAAGUGAUCGGUGAUGAUCGUGAAAAAGGCAACAACAAUAUGGGACACAGGCCAACGAAGUCCUUGCAACGGACUGCAACCAGUGCUUCAAAAAACGCGGGGAAACGUACAGGGUGUUUUCUCCUCGUCUCUAAACGCUGGUCUGAAACAUCGUUAAAGUUGAUGAUACAUACAUUAAUGCGAUAUUGUGCAAUUAAAAAAUCAUAUGUGACCAGUACACUUAAACGUGAAAAGUGAAGGGGAACAUUAGACGAUGAAUAGUUCGCCAAUGUAAACAUGCACUCCAACGCAGAGCCGCUGUCGUGAUAAUAAAUAAUAUUGUUUUUGUUGUAGUAAAUUUCUAAUUACGCGCGAAUAUCGUCUGCGUGUUUGAGUACGGCAAUACACGAUCGCUGGAAUGUAGAAAAGCCAGUGAGCUGAAAAUACCCGCAAUUCAAGUGGUUGUUCUCCGACUAGCCAUUGAGAUGUUAUGAGCGAACGGCGGCUUAUGUUUCUAGCUGUUGUAUUUAGUAGACCUACCGGCGAAUUAAGGUUGGCAUUGCUAACUUGAUAGUAGUAUAAUAUCAAGGGAUCGUAUGUUCGUUGGAUGAUGGUUAGUCAGUUAGUAGAUGCGACUGGGCCUGUGGGAGCACUGGUUAGCGUUGCACGGGCCUGCACCUAAACUAGGAUUGCUGUCGUCCUAUGGCCUUUAUAUACGGGCGACCGUGGAGGCUGUCGGCUGUCAAGAUGAUCUCUGUCAUCAUUGCCGGGCUUUGGCGCCAAUGGACAAACCUGAACGCUAUUAUAAGCGAACAUAGACAUAAAUACAGAUACAAACAAACAGACACAGACGAUUGUGUCAUUCCUUCUUUAGAGUGCCAGUUCAAUUAAUCAUGAUUUCUACUUCCAAACAACACUAUGAUGACAUCGAUUGUCAAUCAAGACCGAGUAACUCAUGAUAGACAACAAUGAUUAACUAGUUAUAGGUUAUUAUCUUCGGUGGCGAAGAGUGAAAAAUGAGCAGAAAACGACAAAGGUAUAAUGGAAGGGACAGAGAGAAAAACCAGCAAGUAUUAAGCGGGACCUGAAUUCAAACUAAAGAUUUAGACGAAAAAACCAAUUUCUGCUAGGAUCGUAAAGCUUUCCUAUAAUUGACUACGCCUUUUCACACAACGUAAUUAAAGCAAUUCAUGUAGUGAUAACUGACAGUAAAAUGGGGACAAGCAAGCCAUUAAUCUGUAAUUGUGAUUUCUGCUUGCUCGCCUAAUGACGUUGAUCGCAGCACCAGUCAGUUUGUAACUUCUAGAAAACGGCUGUAACCGUGCCAUAUGGCAUAUUCCGUAGAAAGCAUAGCCUGGCGAACAACUAAGUUCGCCUCAAAGUCUAAUGAUCUUGCAAAAAUGUUCAUCUUGUAAAAAAAAUUGUUGAAAGUGGAAAUUUAUUGAAGGCUGGCUAGUCGAGCCAAUUGAACUGGCGUGACAUAAAACAACCCAAAUAAGCUUAGCCUUCCCUUAGAUUCUCAAAGGAGCAUAAGACAAGCUAGUGUUGUAUGUGUGCGUACAUACUGAUACAAGUAUACAUGUAAAAAAAAUUUUUAUGACGACGAUGAAACUGUUCGACUUUUUGAGAACUCCAGUUCUCAGAUCGCUACGCUGGUCCACCCUGAGGACAAGCUAAACUUUAUCCAGUAGCUCUUCAUAUGUGGCACAGAGAAAUGACACACAUCAUACAGACAGAGAAACAGAAUACGACAAUACUGUCCAGGCGUCCGUUCCCAGCUAAAGAAUAGAAAUAGUACUUAGCUGUUAGCCGGAUUUAUAUCUCCUAUUUGCAACCGGCUGGCGGCCUUUCCAAGGGUACAAUGUCAUUUUUUGGUAACAAAAAAUAACAAGAUUAUUAUCUAUAUAGUUGAUAUUGAUAUUGUAAUGAACCAACCAACAAUUAUGACAGUGGAUAUAUAUAUAAACAAAAUAUCGGUAUCUUAGGGAAGCCAAGUUUAUGUUGUGUAAUGGAUGUUACUAGAGCUAGUGGACAUAUAUACACUAUACAAUAUAUUUGUCAUUAGAUGCCUGCCGUUGAAAAUAUUGUGGUGAGUCGUAUAACAGAUGGGGUGAACAUAUAUAUAUAUAUGUAUAUAUAUAUAUAUAUAUAUAUAUAAAAGGGAGGAAAACAUGGCAAUUACUGCUCUUGUUGUUGUUGUAUAGUAGAAAAAUGCAUACACAGAUGAGCUGAGGGAGAACGAUGGCCACAUAAAAAUAUAUAUCAAGCACCGUUGAAGGCGGUGUUCAUCAGUGGAGAGAUUUGUAGCACACAUCUUCUACACUUGGCUGUGUGGAUUAAUUCGACACAAAGAAUCUGACUGAAAAAAAUAUCCUAUCAUAGCCCUUAUUGAGCUAAAUGUAGGCAAGAGAACGUGGACAGCAAGCAAUAGCCAUAGGAGAGACCAUCACGGUCACAAUUUGUUUAUGUAGAUGCUCUGCAUUUUGUGACACGGGAGCUUUAUUGAAAGAAGCACGAUUCUUGUAGUCUCGUGGGCGAGAAUAUUGUUGUCGAGCUCGAUGAAAUGAAUGAAGAUGCAUCUCUCAAGUUAGGCUGCUAUUGUAGCCGCUGUAGCAGCAGUUAGCGAUUAUAUCUUAUGCCAUACAUUGGUGGCCUCAGCUGGAUGUGGCUAGAAACAAUUCCUUGUCGGAUAAAUAGGCCUUUUUCAAAGCCUGUGUUUCGAAACACAGCGAUAGCCUUUGUACGAGGAGGUCUAUAGAUCACAGCGUACAC